AUGUACCAGCAAGUUCUGACGAAAUUCCCAGAUACGGUACAGCGCAAAGUACUAGUACGUAAACAAGCCGCAAAGAGCUCUGGAGUCAGCUUUAACCUCGAUCUGCUUAUACAGUAUCUUGAGGAAGAAAUCUCCACAGACGAAAUGCUUGCGGUGUACAUGAAGAACGCCAAGCCGGAUCCAACACCUACCAAGCCGGAGAAAAGACGAUCUGACCGAACAAAAACGUACUCAGGGACUUGCAUGUAUUGUGAGGGAAGCCACAAGCCAGCGGAUUGCAGAAGAUACAGUACUCCACAAGAACGCUCCAACUACCUACGCGAGAACAAGCUCUGUCUCAUCUGUGCCUCAGCACAGCAUUCAACUUCCAACUGCAAAAAGCGGAUGUGCUUCCGGUGUGGAGGGCCACAUCACACAUCAUGUUGCUUCAGAGGUGACCCUGCAGAAGACAAAGGAAGGCCGAAGAACACAAGUUUACCAAUGAGCAGAGCGGCAAAACAUAGUACAAGGGACUCGGAACGACCUCCAACACAUAGCAAAGCAGCAAAGAUGAAUGCGGUCAGCGAAGACAAAUUCAGGCAAAAGGUCAAUCCUGCACCAAAGCUACAGUCACACGAGAGGAAUGACAGUUCGGCGAAAUGGGAGGCUGCUUGCACGAAGCAUAACAGCGUAGAUGUACUUACCCUGCUCACGUCCAGUGCACAACCAGGCGAGAAGGAAACAGUCGGAGCACGAGCACUACCUAAGCCUGCAGCUCUUCCGAAACCAAAAAGCAAUACCGCAAAAGCCAAACUCCCUGCCGUGAAACGUCCCGCUGCGGUAACAGGACUUGCGAAGUCUUUGCGACCCACACCUGAAGCAAAGAAUACAAGGCACGAGUACAAAAAUGGUAACCCGCACACUCGCUAUGGUAUAACUUUACAGACUGCUCCCAUUCGUCCCCUUUAUCCUGAUGCACCGUCACCCAUCCCAGAAGCAAAAGCCCCAACGCUAAUGGCUUCCGCCGUUUUAGCACCUUCUCCAAAACAGUCAAAGAAGCCACGUACUACUCCUGUCUCACUGAAGCCAGAUGAAGUGUUGUCGACAGACGAGGAGCGAGAAGAUAUCACUAGUGUGACAAUCCCCCCUGCACCUGGUAACUCUCAGGGCGACACGCCUUCAACUUCACCCAAGAGCAGAACUUCGCCUUCCAAAACAAAUUCACCACAACAAAUGCAUACCUUCACCUGCGUUCAAACUCAGUUCUUCUGUCACAGGAUUUUUGCUCGAGAUUCGCGAAGGCGAAACGCCGAAGGUUACCCCUUGCUCGAUUCCUAUAGAGCUAAUCAACCGUAA